GUGGAGAGAAACGGAAACGGAAGAGGAAGCGAUCGAGACUCGACGAAAUCAUCUGGCGAAAACAUCAUGACGCAACAGAGCGGCGCUGGGUCCCCCCAGCAAUUUUGCCUCAGGUGGAACAACUAUCAGACGAAUCUGACCAACGUGUUCGAUCAGCUAUUGCAAAGCGAGAGCUUCGUGGACGUGACCCUUGCCUGCGACGGGCACAGCGUGAAGGCCCACAAGAUGGUGUUGUCCGCGUGUAGUCCUUACUUCCAGGCGCUUUUUUUCGACAAUCCAUGCCAGCAUCCGAUCGUGAUCAUGAAGGACAUCAAGUGGCCAGAGUUGAAGGCCGCGGUGGAGUUCAUGUACAAGGGGGAGAUCAACGUGUCGCAGGAGCAGAUCGGGCCGCUGCUGAAGGUGGCCGAGAGCUUGAAGAUUCGCGGGUUGGCGGACGUGAACAGCGAACAAGAGUUGACGUCGAGGUCGAGCUUGGAGGAGGCGGCGAACGCGGCGAUGAUGCACAGGAAGAAACGACGCCGAAUAUCCGGAGAGAGAUCGCCGCCGGCGAGCAGUCCGGAUCGAAUCGCGUCCGGCUCGCUUCCGGAUGACCAGGACCCGAGCAACGGCGGAGGAGGCGUGAUCGUGCCCGACAUUCACGGCAUGCUGCAGAGCAGCUCGACUCCGCGAUCCCUCGGAUCCCCCGGCACGCCCAGCGUCUCGGUCACGCCGCAGAUCAACCUCCAGGAACUUCCGGUAUCGCUGCCCCUGCCGCCGCCGCCGCCACCGCCCCCCCAGGGCCAGCAGAGCUCGCACUCGGUGUCCGCUCACCACGUGCCCGGCCACGUGACUUCCGGUCCCCACGCCUCCGUCAACCACCUGGCCACUCACGGCCAGCAGCUCACCGUGCAGCAACAGCAGCAGCAGCAGCAGCAACAACAGCAGCAACAGCAGCAGCAGCAGCAACACCAUCAGCAGGGAGUUCCCGGUCAACCGACACCAGAUGAUCUCGAGAUCAAGCCCGGCAUCGCCGAGAUGAUUCGCGAGGAGGAAAGGGCCAAGUUGUUGGAAUCAUCCCACGCUUGGCUCGGAGCCUCUACAUCGAGUAUAGCAGCAGACAGCUACCAGUAUCAGCUGCAAUCGAUGUGGCAGAAGUGCUGGAACACCAAUCAAAGCCUGGUGCACAAUCUACGCUUUCGCGAGCGUGGUCCGCUCAAGUCUUGGCGACCGGAAACCAUGGCGGAGGCGAUCUUCAGCGUCCUGAAGGAAGGAUUGUCCUUGAGUCAAGCGGCGAGGAAAUACGACAUCCCGUAUCCGACGUUCGUGCUGUAUGCUAAUCGAGUGCACAAUAUGCUGGGACCGAGCGCCGAUGGCGGAGCCGAUCUACGCCCGAAAGGUAGAGGCAGACCGCAGAGGAUUCUGCUGGGCGUGUGGCCGGACGAGCACAUUCGCGGGGUGAUCCGGGCCGUCGUGUUCCGCGACGGCCACUCUCCGCACAUAGUGAAGGAAGAGCCGACUACGAUGUACCCGAGUUUGGCCAAUUACGCCGCCUGCAACGGACCCGAAGGCGCGGUCAGCCCCGGAGCAGCAGCCGCGGCCGCGGUUGCCGCGGUCGCUCAAGGACUGCGACAUCAGAUGUGCAGCAUGGUAGCAGCGGCGCACUCGCAACAACACGACAUGAUGGCGACGAAUCUCUCCACGAAUCUCUCCUCGAAUCUCUCCACGAGUCUCUCGUCGAAUCUACAGGCAGCGAUGCAGGCUAGCCAGCAUCACCACAACAGCAACAGCGGCGUACCUGUAAUCGGUAGUAACAACGGGAGCGGAGGCGGAGGCGGGAACAACGGGAAUUCGCCUUUAAAUUUAGGCCUAGCCAGUCCAGGCUCGGGCGGUCCACCCGAGAGCCCGAUGGAGAGUCCUCUGGCGAGCCCUCUCGGUCCGCUAAUGGAUCCAGGACAUAUACCGAGUAGCGUAGAAGUCGGAAUAGGCGUGAGUGGAAUGACGUAUAAACCGGCGCGGAGCUUCGUGAGCCCGCGGCCGGAGAAUCUGUUCCAAGAGGACAUCGCGGACCUCGUGAAGAGUCCGCACGGGCUCAAGGACAAGGACAAAAUCCCCGUGAAGCUGGAGCCGUUGACGGAUUCGCGUUGCGAAUAGUAAGCGAGGCGAGCUGGAGAUCGAACGAGCUAAUCGUUGCCCGUUGGAUGAUCGGCCGAACAGCGUCCUACUUCCAUCGCGAGAAACCUUUUUCUCUUCGGCUCUUUCUUCGGGAGAACCGAUUAAUCUCGGCGCCGAGGACGCGCGGUACUUGGACGCGCGGUAUUUAGACGCGCGAUACGGAUUAUUCGAACUGCGACGGGACGCGCGGCGGCGGCG